CAUCUCGUGAUUUUGCUGUACAGUUAUUGUAUAGCCUCAUAUGAGCCGACUUCGGUGGUGUGGAUGUGUAAGAAACCUUGACCUUUUAGGCCAUCGUCAAACGACUCUAUUAUCGUUCAGCUCCGACUGUGCGGCUGCGCUUGCUGGAUGCUCUAUCACUGCUAUACUACAUGCUUUGUCGAAAGAGGAAACUCGUACUGCUUUGACCACAGUGGACAGUGGUAAUGGCCCAACCUCGUACAGCCCAUGGCGGAUCUAGAAAGCUUGGCCAUUCCAAAGGAUGCAUCAGGCUGCAUAGCUCAAAGUCUCGACCCCGAUAUCAUACAUUGACUGCUAAAUGUUGCACCGGCUCUACAAGCAAUAUCCGCUGGCUUGAGGCAAAGUCUCGGAGUCCAUGAAUGGUCUCUGUGC